AACAUAUUAUGAUAUUCAACAUUUUCAUAUUUCCAUUUUGAUAUAAAACGGUCUUAUAUACAUUUAUAUUUGGCGCCAUAUAUUGAUAAUGUAACUGUCUUUGUUGAUAUCUGUGGUCAUGGUGACACGACAGUUGUGACGUCUGAUGAAUCAUGAAAAGAAAAAGAAUGUAGAUCUUAUGACUAGGUGUCUAGAAUCUACUAUAUCUAGAUAUUCUUGAACUAGGGACUGCACGUGAUAAAAUGGUUAAAACUGCACACUGAUCAGAAACACACCAUCCAUUCUUGAGACAUAUCAUUAAUUGGACUGUAGAAAUGACUGCUGGGAACCCAGGUAGGAUGGGCAAAACUAAAAAGAACAGAUAGCAAGAGGAUUUUUGCUUUGACUCAUUUUGAGUUUCUGAAUUAAUUCAGCACAAAGUAUUGAUUUCAAAUUGUUGAGUAAGCUGAGAUACUUCACUAUGUUAAACUCACAGGAUUUCCAGUAUCACAAGCCAGUGACACCAUAUAUUUGUUCAACUCCUUUAGAUUUUCUAAAUGAAAAAAAACAUCUUUCAGAAUGUAUCUAUCCUGAGCUGAGUAAAGCAUGCAAAGCAAGAGGUUCUUAUUUUAAACCAACUAAUCUUUUAUGGGAACCUGGAGCACAAAAUCUUGUCAAAGGCCUAUAUCUAAAAACUCAAUUGGAUGCUAUAAAUAGAUGCUCUCCCUUUUUUAUUGGUUUAUUGGGAGAAACAUAUGGCCCAUUUAGAGAUGAAAGUAGAGAACUGUUAACAGAGUUUGAAACUAGUUCUAUCAACAUCAAUCAUCUACAUUGGUUAGAUAAAAAUAUCAUGCUAGCAGCAGCAGGAGGACAUCCUUGGGUUCUGGACAAAGAUCAUCAAUACUGCAGUUUAACAGAACUUGAAAUCACUUUUGGAACUAUGAGAUAUGAAGAUCAUUAUGUUACACUCUAUUAUCGUACAUCUGAUCAUCUGGAUGAUAAACUUCUAAAUGCAAAGUUGGCAGAAAAAGAUAGCUUAAUGAAUAUUUACUUAGCAGAAUCUGAACAUGCAAAAAAUAAAAUAAAUAAACUAAAACAGAGACUUGUAAACAAGGGAGUUCCCAUCAAGUAUUUUCGAACAUGUGAAGAAUUAGGCCAGAUGGUUUUAGAAGAUUGGCUACAGAUCUUGAAUAUUCUAGUUCCAUCCCUUAAACAUGAUGGAUACAUGUUUGAAACUAAGCAGCAUAAAGAAUGGUUGGCUCAAGAAUGUUUUAGUAACUGCCAUGUUGAAAACUUUGUAGCAUCAGAAGAACUAGAGCAUGUAUUUCAACAACUAACUGACUUUGUUUUAAACUCAGGAGAGCAUAAAACUGAUCUGAAUAAAAAUAUAGUUCUUCACAGCUCUUUAGUCAGUAGUAAUGAAAAUAAGAGAUUCUCUCAGACAGAAAGCAAUACCAAUGUGAUACUGCUUGUAGGGGAAAGAGGUAUUGGUAAAUCAACAUUGGUGGCUCAAUGGCUAAAACUGUUGAAAGAUGAAGGCAGCAACACCUUUGUGGUCUCACAUUUUGUAUCUGCAUCUUGUCACAGUUCAAGUAUUAAAAACUUUAUCAGACAGAGCAUCAGAAAAUUGAGAUCACAUUUUAUGGAAUCGGAUAAUAAAAGUAAAUUUUGUCAGGAGAUUGAGUCAGAUCAUACAAAUCAAAACUUUAUUUACCUGUGUGAGUCUUUUAGUGCAGCUCUAGCACUUGGCCCUUCUGUUAUUGUAUUGGAUGGCAUUGAUGAACUUGGGAGUGAUGCGGAUAAAAGUAUUCCAAUGGUGAAAAGUUGUUGUUGGUUACCUGUAAAUAUUCCUUCAACCUGUAAAUUUGUACUGACAACAACACCUUCAGAUAUAUCAUAUUACAAUCUCUCUCAAAGAACAGAUGUCAGGAUCAUUAAAUGCCCUAAUACUUUGAAAGACAGCCAGAUAAUAUCAAAGAUGUUGAAGAGGCAUUUAAAUCAGAUUCCACAUUUACUACAAGGAGAAAAGACAUUAAAUAACUUAAUUAAUCUCAAAAUUAUGCAGACAGCCUUGAACUUCCAACUUGUAGCUAGUGAAGUCAAGAACUAUAGAUGUUACAGCAGCCUUUCUUUUCUCAUUGACAGCUGUGCAGAGAUGAGUUCUUUGAGUACUUUUUGGAAUGCUUGUCUUAAAAAUUGGAUAGAGGACAUUAGUUGGACACUAGCUAAACCAUCACCACAAGCUCUAGUCUUGGAAAAACAGUUUGAAUCUCAAGGUUGGGUAGUUGAUGCACUAUGCUUGUUGGCUGCUUCUCGGAAUGGAUUAUUUGAACAUCAAAUUGUAUCACUUUUAGAAAUGAUUGGUUACAGAAAUGAUUCUGAAAUAACAUCAUAUGAUUGGCUUCAGUUUAGGUUAUCAACUGAUGGCACUUUGUUGGAAUCAUUAGAUGGACGUUUAAUCUUUUCUCACCAGAGCAUACGAGAAAUUGUGGAAUGUAGUUUGUUUAAUGUUAUUCCCCCAAUGGCAUCUGGUUCUGAUUCAAUCCAUCAUGAAGAAGUUGUUGGUAAAAGUCGACCAUAUCAUUGUUUUCUUGCUGACUACUUCCUCCAACAACCAUUAGACAUUCAAGUCAUGGAAGAGUUGCCAUGGCAACAUAUGAAGCUAAGAAAAUGUUCUGAGUUAUCAAAGAUUUUGACGAAUUUCAGUUUGCUUGACAAAUUCAUGAAGUGUGAGACUCCACUAUGGGAAGAAGAUCUUCAUUUAUAUUGGUCAGUGUGUCACAAGGCUGGAAUAAUUGCAGGCUCUGAGUACAUGCAAACAUUUAAAGCUGUUUGUAAGAAAAAGUUAACAACCAAGUCACUAACAGAGGCUGCAGAUGAAAUUGUUGAUUUUCAAGAUGAAAUGUUUCUACCAAGUAUACACCCAAAGAUUUCAAUGAGUUGUUUAAAUAUUGUCUCAAUUGGCUGGUACAUAGCAAACUAUUUGCACAAUAGUGGCUCAAAAGAUCACUGUCUUGAAUUACUGGAACUAAUUAUAAUGCUUAUCAAAGAGUGCCCUUGCUUAACAUCAGAGUUACAGUUAUACCUGUGUCACUGUUACUAUACAUUUGGUACAUUCUAUCAAAUAUCUAGAGAUUUUGACUUGGCUGAAACUAACUAUAAGCUUUUCCAACUUGCUCUGAUAGAGGCAGACAACAUGGACAAGGAAAGCAGACAUCAAAGUGAUAUUUCUUAUCUUAAAACUUUGCUUCUCUGCUGUUUAAGUAACAUCCAUAUUGUUCACUACAAACUACUUGCAGCAGAAGAACUUUUGUUAGAAGCCAGAGAGUCUCUGAAAAAAGAACCCUAUUCCUAUUUGCUUAAGUCAACAAUAUUAUUUAAUCUGGCUUUAAUAAGGGGAACUGAUAAAGAUUACAACCAAGCUGAAUCACUUUUGAGACAGUCAGCUAAAUUACGUAUUCAGUGGUUUGGUGAUGGUCACAACUUGGUAGCCAAUGUUCAGACAGCUCUUGCUAUGGUGUUGGCAUGUCCUGGCAAUGUCAAAGGGUUUGAUAUACAGCAAGCUGAAGUAUUAUUAAGAAGAGCAUUGUUGGUCUUUGAACGAAGUUUUAGUUCAACACAUUACCUUGUAUCUGGUGUCCUACAUUAUUUAGGUCUAGUAUUGAGUGAAAAUAAGAAUCCUCAAUGUCAAAUGGAAGCGCAAAAAUAUUUACAAAAGUCUUUGGACAUUAGCCUGAUAGAAAUAGGUGACAAAGAUUUGGAUGUCACAUUUAAAAAGCCAAAAGAAAGAUUUUUGAAUGUAGCCAGUGGUGAAUAUGACCUUGGCUACUCCCUGUUUCAUCACAACAGACCUCCUCAUUGGAAACUGCCCAGUGUGGAUAUUUUCCAAUUGAUUGCUGGCUCACAUAUUCAGGGAGCAUUGAAGUGGAAUAUACCAAGCCAUGCCUGGAUUCCAGGUAGACAUAAGCUACAGUCAGGCAACAGGCAAGCACUUUUAUCUAGCAAACAAAAACAUGCCACUGGAAAGUCUAGCAGUAAAAAAACAUUAUUAGCUGCCUCCUUUAGACCAUCUCCAGUGGCUCUUUCUAGUUACAUCAAGCGUGCUGACAGACUAAAUGAGACUAGCAAUUGUUUGCUGCCAGAAAGAGCAUCAAGUGUCAAGAUGGACUUCCUGGAGGAUGACUUAGCUACUAGUUCUAGGAAGAGACAACUGAUUACAGUCAACUUGUUACAGGACACUGAGACUGAUGAUGAAAUGGUAGCAAAGGAUAUAACAACUGCUGAGACAUAUAGAAUAAAAAAUGACAAGAAAAGUGUAAGAAUAAGAUCAGCUGAUGCACCAAGAAAACUUUUUCAAAGAUAUGGAGGCUCCCAGAUGGCUGGGAGCAAGACUAUCACCACGCGCAACCUGUGGAGUGGUCAAAGUAGCAGAACAUGUUCAAGUUCAGGCAGCCAUUACUUUCAUUGUAGUCUACAAGGAUGCCAUGAUAUUACGCUGAGCAACACUAACUCUAUAGCAGGUCCUCACAGUGACCUGUCUAGUUUGCUGGGUCAACCACCCUGUCCAAGACCAGUCACUAAAAAUAUAUACCAUCAUUCAGCUUGGUAUCAUGUACCAGGGCGUUACCUAACGCCCCCAGAAAGUUUCGUUAAGAAACGAAUGCAGAAAACAGACAAUGCUAAAGAUAUUGAAGCGUUCAUUCAUGUCAAAUCUCAGUGGUUGAACAAAUCCAAAGUGAAUUAAAGGGAGAUAAAUGUGUUCCUGGAAAAUGUGCCUAUACUAAAUGUUCACUUGGCCUGUUUAUCAGGUCAGUUUUGUAACUCUAUUUAUGAAUAUCUUAUUUGAAAUACUGCAUUCCUCACUAAUCUUUGGACUCGAAGACAAGCCUUAGUAUUAUUAAUUUAUUAUUUGAUUAGAUUGAUUUCUUGUAUGAAUUGGAUUGAUUUCUUGUAUGAGUGUUACUUAUUUCUUAGACACAUUUUCCAUUCUGCAUCAAUCAUUUUCCUUCAGCAAUUUAUAGACAUUCAAAUUUAACAUUAAUAUACAUAAACACAUUUAUUUGAAUUCAUAUCUACCUACACUACAUCUCCAUCAGACAAAGUUAAGGCAGUUGAUUGUUAUGCUGAUCAAACAAGACUUAGCAAACUGGAUUUUUUUUUCAAGCGAGACUCAUUGACAAAAAAAAUAAUGUUUAUUUAAUGAUAUUUGCUAUUCAUUAAAAAAAUGUACUUUAAAUCAAUCUUCGCUGUUCUUUAAGAUCAUGUACUUUACAUCAAUCUAUAUUCUCAUUCAUUAAGAUUAUGUACUUUGCAUCAAAUUUUGCUUUUUAUAAAAAUCUUGUGUACUUAACAUCAAUCUUUGCUUCUCAUCAUAAUCAUGCUUUUUAUCUCAUAUUUUUCACAUCUUAUCUCAGUGGAAAACAUUAACUAUUUUGAUUUGAAAAAAGCAAAUUAUUAUUUUUGUAAAUAUUCACCCUAGAUAUGGACAACAUAAAUAUACACUUUAAAACAGUUUUGACCAAAUACUAUAGUUUCUUAUUUCAUCCAUUUUUUAACAAAUGUAUAGAGUAAGAUUUUGUUUCAUCUCACAAAAAUAAACAAACUACAAAACUUAAUUUGCAUUAUUAUAAUUUAUUAUUAUUUGACAUGAUUCUAUUUAAAUACUUUAUUAUGUACACCAGAAAUAAACUCUUGUUUGUUGAGUUGUUCUUCUAAAGGCCUGACCUCAACUUUCACAGAUUAACAAAUGUUUGUUGAGUUGUUCUUCUAAAGGCUUGACCUCAACUUUCACAAUUCAACAAAUGUUUCACCGUUGUACAGCUGUUAUACGUCUUUUAUCAUGCGUUUGAAAGAUCCUUUAAAAUAGACGAAGAUCUUGUAGGGCCUACCACUUUUACAAAAUCUAUUUCAGAAAAAUAGAAAUGAGCUUGAACAACUGUUGAAACAUUUGUGCCUUGCGGUAGACAAAUCAGUUUCAAUAUUUUUUAGAGGCCCCCAUAAAGAGAAAAGCCGCAAUCAGGUUUGUCUAGGAUGUCCGUCUGUCACACUCAGAUCUCAAAAACUAGAAGAGAAAUGAAAUAUAUAUUAUUUCCCCAUGCAUUGUGUCUCGCAAAGUUUAGGUGCAACGGCUACUUUUUAUUUUCUAAAAGCAACGGUUUUGUUUUUAAAAUUAAUUAUGCAAGCAAUUUUUUUUUAUAAAAAAUACACCACUUCUAAAACAAUUCAUAAAUGUAACGAAGAUUAUGUUACCAAUAUGUUGACAAAGAUAAUUUUCAGUAUAUAUUUGUAAAAGGCGGACCCUAUUCCCAACCAGUUGUGAAUAGGCUUCAACCCUAUUCCCAACCGGAUGGAUGGGUCAAAUAAGGUCAAAACCCUAUUCACAGUCAACAGGGUCAAAUUAGGUCAAAACCUUAUUCCCAGUUGACUGUGUUUAGGUCAAAUCCUAUUCAGUUAAAUGUUUUUUUUUUAAGUGAUUGAUUUUAAAGAAGAUAAUAGAAAAUAGCUAUAAAAUAGAAUUGGUUUGAUAUUGAUAAAUCUUUACAAUUUAUUAAACUAUUAUUUUUUUCCCUAAUGUAAUUAAAGGAACAAUGUAUACUUUAUAGGUUAUUUUUUAUUAUAGAAUUGUUAGGUCAUAUUUUUGUUAAAUCUUUGAGCUGAAUAUUUGUAAUAGCUAUAAAAUAAAUAAAAUAUAUUAAUUCACUGA